UGCUUCCACUUUUCAGCAAGAGUGAGUUAUGCUCUAUUAGCAAUAGAGAGACAGAUUUUUAAAGGUGCUUAGGCAGCUAAAGAGGUAGGUAGGUGACUAAUAGGAUUUAGGAGCCAAGCUUGAGAAAACUAAGUGUCUUCAAAAGUCUCAGAAUUCUUACAGAAAGCCUUGGAUUUACCCACUCUACCCAACCAACUGCAGCCUGCCGUCAUUUCUCUAUUUUAUUGAGCAAACCCUCAUGCCAUGGGAGAACCUAUGGGUAUUGCUGGUAAUUCCAAACGCGGUUCUGUUCUCCAUGCAAAUUGCCCUGUAUUCUACUGACAAAAAAAGACAGCACCAUGGAUGUGUCCGGUAUUUGGUCUGCAUGCACUUCUUUACCAGCAACACCCAUCUCUUUCAGGACGAGUUCAUGCUCUAAAUUAAUAGGUUGCUCUGUAAGUGAAAAGCAAGUCCAGGUCCUCUAAGGGAAGAAAUCCAACGUGUCGCUGCACAACUAGUAGCUCUUUCCAGACCUCGUGCCCAGGACCGGUCCUAGCACUGACCCACCACCCGGUGGUGGCGCAGGUCAAGGCGGAGGUGCCCGGAGCUGCCCGCUGGAGCGGUGCCUCGUUCCCGGCCAGAAGCCGGCUCGCCCUGCCUCCCCGCAGGUGACCCCGGCCCCAAAGCCACAAUAGAACCCCACCUGCCGGUGGGUCCGGCCGGGAGCUGCCUCCGCCACCGCCUCCUCCUGCGGCCCGGCCGCGCUUCCGCCCGUGUCAGCUGACUGCCGCGAGGAAGCGGCGGAGCGAGACCCGGCCCAGCCCCGAGCCGUCGCCUCCUGCAGAGCACCGUCCCGACCCCGCUCCGCUAUGGCCGGGCUAGUGGUGAGCGGAGCCCAAGUGUCCUACAUUAGUCAAGACUGUGAAGAAAUUCCUGAAUUCCUGGGAAGAAAAUAUGGACAUAUGGCAAAAAGACUAGAUCUUAGCUUCAAUUUGUUAAGGUCACUAGAAGGACUGAAAACAUUCAGUUACUUGGAAGAACUGAUUCUGGACAACAAUCUACUCGGAAAUGACCUUCUUCUUCCCAGGUUACCCCACCUCCACACCUUAACGCUCAACAAGAAUCAAAUAACAGAAUUAGAAAGCCUUUUGGAUCAUUUGGCCGAAGUUGUGCCCUCACUACAGUAUCUCAGUUUGCUUGGAAAUGUGGCCUGCCCAAAUGAACUGGUCUGUAAAGAAAAGGAUGAAGAUGACUACCAAAGGUACAGGUACUUUGUUCUGCACAAAUUGAAAAACUUGAAAUUUCUCGAUACUCGGCAAGUAACCAGGAAAGAGAGAGAGGAAGCUCUGAUUAGAGGUGCCUUCAUGAAAGUGGUUAAACCCAAGGACACUAAGGCCUCCAGUGAUGCAGCCUCCAUUUCACCAGAGAUGAGCUAUACACCUCUACCCUCAGGAUCCAGAGACCUCACCAAUCAUAGAGGUAUCUUGGGAAAAUGCCGCUACAUUUACUAUGGAAAACAUUCCGAAGGCAACAGAUUCAUCCGAGACGACCAGCUAUAAAACACUGCACUAUUUCAUGCCACUUCAGUCCCUCCACAUGAGAAGCACAAAUUGAAUCUAAAUUUUAAGUGUGUAACUAAAGUCCUCUAGUGCCUUCUGCUGACUUUGCCAGGCCUGUCAAGUUCAUCCUUCCAUCUCAGUCUGAGUAGUCACAUAGAGAUUGACAUGAUUGCCUUUAAGCAGGUCCCAUCCACCAGCGUGACAGACAGCUGUGGCAGAGCACCCGGCCUGACAGGAGGAGUGCAGUGAUGGAUUGCCCAGUCCAGCUGCUGCACGCAGGAGAGCUGGGGUCACACCUGGGCCUUCACUGAGCAUGCUCCAUUGGCUGGCGCCACGCAAAACCAGCAUGUUUAUCUCCUGCUCGCCUGUUGAGUGAGAGUGGUUGGUGAUAGCAAAGUGUUUAUAAAAGAGAAGGGAUAUAAUUUCAGAUGAAAAAGCCCCUUAUCUAUUCUAAGGUUUUUGUUGGUUUUUUUUUUUUUUCUUGUGAAUUAAGGACUUUUGUUUCUAUUAUCUCCUAUAUGCUCACACAAAUCCUCUUCAUAGGGUAUUCUUGGUUUUUCCACAAAUGAGCCUGUAUGGAUUAUGGUUUCUUUCAACAGGAAAAGAUGUAUCCAAAAAAUAUUUCAUCAAUGCAAACUACAAUCAAUUUGUAUUUUUACUCAUAAGCAAAGGAAAAAGAGUUGAACAGUUUUACAGAGAAACAUUUUUUUUUUUUUUUAAUUAUUAAAUAACAUCUCAAAUGUAUGUACCUUGAUCUUCCGAAGAGGGGUCAUUUUUAAUACUGCAGUAGUAGCAUAGGCUAUCUGUGUAGUUGGAAAGGCACUCAAUUAUGAUAUUCACCGUAUGUAUUAUUCCUGGUUUGUUAUGCAAUAUAUAUUUUACUUGUGUAGAGAGUACAUUUAGAAUUAAACACUUAAAUUUGGGAGGAAAAAAGGGCUUAAAAAGAGGGAUGUAAAAUAAAAUUGCCACCAGAUGGGUAUGAUUGCUCAGCAGGGAAAUAUGUCAAUAAAAGUAAGUGAAGAAAUUAACAUAAUUAACAGCUUUACUAAUAUGUUCUGGAGAAAAGUUCUGUUUAAUCCCAUUUGAAGUCUACAUAAGAAAGGCUACUGUGAAGUUUUCAGUGAAAAACCAACAGUGCAUAGCGUAUUUCUUGCUUCUCUAAGAAACAGAUUGAGAUACUUAGAAUCAUGAAUAUCUUUAUGUGAAAAAAAGAUCCUAAUACUUAAUAAAUAUAUCAUGUUUAGUGCUACUAGUUACAGUGUGAUUGGCUUAGGAAUACACGAAAAUGCUAUCCUCUGGGCUGUUCAUAACACAUGUAUAUUGUUCCUGGUUGAGUGUCAUCGUCUGGAUGUGUUUGGCUUGUUGUAAUUAGAUGGUGCCCUUAGUUUACUUUCCUAGAGGAUAAGUGUUAAUUUUUAGAAGAUGUCCACUGUUUUUGGCAAUUGUCAGCUGUUCUUGUGGAUAGAAGUGAAGCCAAUUACAAAAUUAAUUUGUUCUGUGUAAAACAGUGGGACUGAUGGAGUGACAAAGGAAAAGUUGCUGCUGCUGAGUGUCUGAGGCCUUGCACAGUAACUGGAAGACUUUACUCACUCCAGAAGUCUGUAGUAAGUCAAGCAGAUACUUAAAAUCACCAAUGAACAAUAUAGAGUGAUGUCGUUCAUACUACCCGUGGAGCAUGUCUGGUAUUUUGAGUUUAAAUUGAACUCUGAGCUGCUUGCUACACAAACUGCUGUCUGGAAAGUAGGUUUUGGCCAUUUGUUAAUUGCUCUGCUAAUGUCCUGGAUAGUUACAGAUGAAAUGCAGAUUCACAUUAGAUACCCUAGAAGAUACUACAGCAAUGAAAACUACAGGCCUUUUUGUUUUCUUUUUUUACUUCUCUUCCCCCUCCGCCACCCCUACCCCCCCAUCCCCCCCUAAAAUAAUCCUUAGAAGUAUAUUUAGGGCACUUGUCUUCCCUCUUGGCUACUAAAAUAACAUGCAAUUUUUGUUUGUUUGUAUUGUAUUGUUCUUUUUGAUGCCUAUACAUGUUUUGGCCAUGGCAUAUUAUAGGCAGCAGGUUCUGAAUAUUUGUUUAGAAUAACCUAAUGUCACUUUCAGUCUGGUUGCAUAUAUGUUCUUCUCUUUAUAAAAGGCUUUAACCCUGCCUCAAACAAUAAACAGCACUUGCAAACUGA